AUGUGCCAAACUAACACUCUGAAGGCUUCUUGUAACUGAAAAUUAGAAGAGACCUAAACACGCUCAACAAUGAAGAUCCAAGUAAUAUUUUUGCUGUUGGGUACCAUUGUGAUCUGCUUGGCCACUCAUGGUUUCUGUAUAGGGCCCAUAACAAACUCAAGGUGCAAAUGUGUGAAAGUCAUCUCGAGCUUCAUUCAUCCGAGAAGAUAUCAACAAAUCAGCAUCUUUCACCAGGGGUCCUACUGCAGAAAAGUAGAAAUUGUGAUUACCUUGAAGCAUGGGAAAAAGGUCUGCGUCAAUCCCGAAGCUCGAUGGGUCAAUAGAGUUGUUUCCUUCCUCAAUAAACGAGCAGAAAGAUCUAAUGAAGUCAUCCCAGAGGAGUCAUCGACUCAAUGAAUGUGAAGUGCGCCUACAACACGAAAUUCUACUAGGAGCCAAGCUUUUGUUGUUUAAGAUUUACUGUACCAGCCUGUGCCAUGAGAGAGUUGUUUGCUGCCAUUUCACUUGCUUAUGCUCUAAUCAAUAUCACGGUUUUCAGAGAUCUAUGUAACCCUAAUAAGUGCUAAUAGUCUUUGGUGCUACUUACUGCUUCUCGGGUAUAGGUUUGUGUCAAAAUACAUUGAGCCAAUAAAUUGACAAAGUGAUUUUAAGAGUGACUUAACUUGAUUUUUCUAUAAACAUCCAAAGAAAUAAAUCUUCCGCUCAUCAUUGUUAUACAUAUAAAUUGCUUGUAGCUUUUUAUUAAAUUGAUUUUCGAAAAUUGA